GAAUAGUGGAAACAUAAGCAGAGCUCGGGGCAGCUGCAUGACACUCCCAGCCGCAUCUCUCACAGGGGACGUUCCUCGGCCUCGUUUUCCCGCCCACACACUCCCGUGUAUAUGUAGACAGCAGGUCGGGGGACUAGUACUGGCUGUAUAACGCAGACGUGUCCUGACGAGCCUGACAUCAUGGUGCACUAUGUGGAGAGCUUGGAUGAAUAUAGGACCAUUAUUGAAAGUGGCAGAGAUAAACUCAUAGUGGUGGAUUUCACCGCCACCUGGUGUGGACCUUGUCAGCAUAUAGCUCCUUUCUAUGAGUCACUUGCCACUAAGUACCCAGGAAUUCUCUUGUACAAGGUUGAUGUGGACGAGGCGGGGGACAUAGCAUCUGCAUAUGGAAUAAGGGCCAUGCCAACGUUUCACUUUUACAAGGAUGGAAAGAAGGUUGAUGAACUAUGUGGUGCUGAUAAGGAUAAGCUUGAAUCUCUGGUCCAUAAGUGGUUGGGACAUGGCUCCUCAUGAAGAAAUUGUCUAAGUCUUUCAUGUGCAGACACUAUUAUUUGCCUUAAGAUUUGGAACAACCCCAUCCUCAUGCAUCUCCUGUCUUCCUGCAGACAUCUCAGACCUCCAUAUACUAGGACCAUGUAAAUGUGAUGGAGGCGGUGGGUUUUUAUGAAAUGGUGCUUGGCUAUGAUCACUGUACAGGAGGGGUGCAUGUAAAUAGUGACUCGUGGCGCUUUGUCUCUACCGUUCACGCAUGCACAUACAUCUUAAAGCGGUUGUCUCACUUAGCAAGUGGCAUUUAUCUUGUAGAGAGAGAGUCAAUACAAG